GGACAGGGGACAGACGCAAGACUCUGAGCAGAUGAAACGGUUGAUGGGGAGUAAUAAGAGUUAGACGAGUGACUGUUCGAGUGGUCUGAUGCACCGGUGAGGAGGGGGCCUACAAGAACGAGUAGAAAUAAAGCCUCAACGUGUUUCUGUCACGUUCUGGACCUGUUAGACCAGGCCUGAUGACAGAGAGGAGUUUAAAUCGACCUUGAUACGGACAGGACCGUUUGUCACGACUCCUGUGGCGUACAGGGGUUGAACAUAGAUGUUCCAGCGACCUGCGAGUGAAAAAAGGGGCAGCUUGGGAAUUAUCGUAGCUGUCUUCAAGGUACAGCCUUGGAGAACAACUAGAUACUUCAUUUCAUCAGGCAUAAGACAAGUCUCCAAGAAGUGGAUUUUUGCAUUCAGAGAAUCAACUCAGCUGAAGCUUUUUUGAAUGUGAAGGUUCUUGUUGGAUUUUGGUCAAAAUCCCAUGUGGCAUUGAUAGAUGAAGAACUGAAAUAUAUACUGCGUGCUUCAGCCAACUUUUCUGGGCCUUUGCUCUCGUGGGACUAUCUGAAGAUAAUACAUUUCCUUUUAGUUUAAUCUUAAGAACAUCCUGUUUUCUGAGUCAGCAUAUUAUUAUUGUUCUUCCCAACCUGUUUGUCUUGAGCUUCUUUUUUAGUUUCGAGGCAUUAUGAAAGGAACAUUCAGCCAUCUAGGAGGGUGUUAAAGCUACUAGGAACCCUCGUCGAUCUCAGCCGUGGCCCUCACCAUUGGGGAAUGGGGUAGCAGAGAUGGUGGUCACUCAGUUAGAGCUGGAGCUCUGUUAUCAGGGGAAGAAGCUCAGAGGUUUCACCUGCAAGCUCACUCGUUCGCCUCAUGGUUUCUUGCCGGAGAGCUCAUAUAUCAUCACUGCGCAGAUCCUACUGCCUUUUCUGCUGGGCGGACUGGGGAUGGUGGCAGCUGGUAUUGUCAUGGACAUUGUCCAACACUGGGAUGUGUUUAAAGUGAUCACAGAGGUGUUCAUCCUGGUACCUGCACUGGUCGGGCUCAAAGGAAACCUGGAGAUGACUCUCGCAUCUCGGCUCUCUACUGCUGCUAACACCGGACAGAUGGACGACCCCAAACAGCAGUGGCUGAUGGUGACCUGUAAUCUUGCUCUCAUUCAGGUUCAGGCCACCGUGGUGGGCUUCCUGGCAGCUCUUGCGGCCGUAGGUCUUGGCGCUCUGUCCAGGGGGGGUGUAGAGCUGGACCAGGCGGCGGUUCUGUGUGCUAGCAGUGUCACCACCGCAUUUGUGGCAGCUCUGUCCUUAGGUCUGGUGAUGAUUGGUGUGAUCAUUGGCUCCAGGAAGGUGGGCAUCAACCCUGAUAAUGUGGCCACACCGAUAGCAGCCAGUCUGGGAGAUCUCAUCACUCUUUCUCUAUUGGCUGGAGUCAGCAGCAAGCUGUUUCAGUACAGAGACGUGUGGUACUUGUCCCCGUUGGUGUGUGUCUUCUUCCUGCUGCUCAUUCCUCUCUGGGUGCUCAUCGCUAGACGGAGUCCACAGAUUAAAGAGGUUCUGAAGUCCGGCUGGCAGCCUGUUAUAGUGGCCAUGUCCAUCAGCAGUUUCGGAGGCCUUAUUCUUGAUAAGACUGUGAGCGAUCCAAACUUUGAGGGCAUGGCGGUCUUUACACCAGUCAUAAACGGGGUCGGGGGGAAUCUGGUGGCCAUUCAGGCCAGUCGGCUCUCCACCCACCUUCAUUUGUGGAGCAUACCUGGAGUCCUGCCCUAUAAGAUGAGACAGCACUGGCCCAACCCCUGUGCCACAUUCUUCUCCUCAGGUGUGAACUCUAAGUCAGCGCGGGUGCUGUUCCUCCUGGUGGUUCCAGGUCAUCUGUUGUUUCUUUUUGCCAUUAAUAUGCUCCAAGGAGGCCACACUGCCAUCACGCCAGCGUUUAUCUGCUGCUACUUGAGUGCUGCUCUGCUUCAGGUUGGGAUCCUAAUUUAUACAGCAGACCUGAUUGUGCGUUUGAUGUGGAGGAAAGGUCUGGACCCGGAUAACUUCUCCAUCCCAUACCUGACUGCACUGGGAGACCUGUUGGGCACGGGUUUCCUGGCCCUGUGUUUCCGUUUGGUCAUGUUAGUGGAGUAGCUCGGCUUGUAAAAUACUAGACCCCCCCCCCCCCCCCCACUUCCAGUUCAUGGGACCUUUGCUGCCCAGGUUGGCUGCAGUGGCUUUGGAGAUGUGAACUAGUCUGUGGAAAGCUAAAUACAGAAUAUCAACCACAUUGUUUUUUGUGCUUACAGGAUAGGUUAAAUAGAAAUAUGAAAAACAUCGGCAGGUAUAGACUUAUUACCUGACAGCUUGUUAUUUGAUUAUAGACUCUUGGUGUGUUGUCCUGUCGCCUCAGUGAUGCUGUUUUCAUACACAUUAGUCAGCUGAUUACUGUAUAUUAAGGUAUAAAUUUAGGUGCAAGUGUUACAAAUUUUUAUGUGCCAUGUAUACAUUUAAUUUGAAGUUUACAAGAUUUAAGACCUUGAAGGAUUAUGAGACGUUUUUUUGA